AUGGCAGGACCCCUGCGGAGCCGGGUGGAGGAGCUGAAGCGGCCCUGGUGGAGGGAGAGCUCGCCCCUGGUGCUCCAGCACAGUGAGGCUGCAAGGCUUGCUGCGGAUGCCCUCCUAGAGAGGGGUGAGGCUGCCUACCUUCAGGUCAUCUCUGAAGAGCGGGAACUGCCCUUCCUGAGUGCCCUGGACGUGGACUACAUGAUCAGCCAUGUGCGUGGAGUUCCCGAGCUCAGUGAGGCCCAGGGGUCCGAGACCUUAGGGCAUGACCGCCUCAGCAUGCUCUCUGAAGUUACCUCAGGCACCUACUUCCCCAUGGCUUCUGACUUAGAUCCCCCAGACCUGGACCUGGGCUGGCCCGAAGUGCCACAGGCCACAGGUUUCAGCCCCACCCAGGCGGUGGUUCAUUUCCAGAGGGACAAGGGCAAGAGCAUCAAGGACCUGCUGCGAUUCCUCUUCAGCCAGGCCCACACGGUGGUGGCUGUGGUGAUGGACAUAUUCACUGACAUGGAGCUUCUGUGUGACCUGAUGGAGGCCUCCAGCCGACGUGGCGUCCCUGUCUACCUCCUUCUGGCUCAGGAGCACCUGAAGUACUUCCUGGAGAUGUGUUAUAAGAUGGACCUCAAUGGGGGGCACCUGGUGAACAUGCGUGUGCGGAGCACGUGUGGAGACACAUACUGCAGCAAGGCCGGCCGCCGAUUCACCGGGCAGGCCCUGGAGAAGUUCGUCAUCAUUGACUGUGAGCAGGUGGUGGCAGGCAGUUACAGCUUCACCUGGCUUUGCAGUCAGGCCCACACCAGCAUGGUGCUGCAGCUGAGGGGCCACAUUGUGGAAGACUUUGAUCGCGAGUUCCGGUGUCUGUAUGCUGAGUCACAGCCUGUGGAAGGCUUCUGUGGCAAUGAGGAUCCACUGUCUUCCCGGCUACCUCGUCCUCAGCCUGUGACCCUGGCCUUUGGACCUGGAAUUCCAAGUGCGACAGGCUCCUCCCCCUCCAGCAACAGCCUCAGCAGCAUCAAGCACUCGCCUCUUCUGGGCCGUUCUUCCUAUCUGGCUCUACCAGGAGGUGGUGGCUGCAGUGACAUGGGUAUGGGGUCUUCAUCUCCAGGUCCUGCCCACCAUGAAGCUGGCGGCCCACCAUCCUUGUACCGUCAGCUUUCAGAUCCCAACCAUAGCUCCACUCCUGGACCCUACAGGGCCAACCUGAGCAAGCUGGGGGCAUCUCCAUGGUCCCAGUCUUCUCCUGCCCUCAACCACUGUAGUGCCAGUCCCUUGACCCUGGCAGUGGGGUCACCUCUGCUCCCAUGUUCCCGCCCCCUCCUCCACUUUACUAGGGGGGUCCCAGCACUGUCCCGGCUUCCAGAGAAUGGGCUCCCAGCAAGUCAAGAGCCCAUUCUUCCACGAGGUCGCUGGGUACCUGGCACAGCUCUGGAGACUGUGGAAGAGAAGAAGAUGAUAUCUUUGAGUCAGAGCCAUGAUCACCUGGAUCUCCUUGUCCCCUUCCCUAAAGCAGGAGAAGCAGGAGGUCCCAAUUCUAGAGUUACCCCCAAUUCAGGUUCCCUUCAGCAUGGUGAGCAGGCCCUAGAUGAUAGGAGAUUGUCCCUGAGCCACAGCUACAGCCAGCUGGAUCUCCUGUCCCAGGGCCAGGGUGUCCUUGAGUCAGGUUCCCUCAGACAGGGUGAUCUGGGUCAGGAGGAUGACAGGAAGCUGUCCUUAAACCACAACCAUGGCCAACUGGACCUUCUGCCACAAAACCCCAAGGCCCAGGCCUCUAAAAUACCCCCUGAUGCCAAUUCUUCAGCCAGGCCUGGCAAGCAGAGUCUAGAUGAACGACGGCAGACCCUAGGUCACAGUCAGCUGGACCUCAUCACCAAAUUUGGCCCAUUCCGGAGUGAGGGGCCUGGACCCAAUGGUCCCCCAGAACCAAGCCCAGUUCGCAUUGCCGGAGUAGGCUCUGCAGAUGAGAAGCGGCUGACUCUGGGCCACAGCAAACUGGACCUCAUCACCAAGUAUCAUCAACUACAGGGUGCCAGGCAGAGACCUGAGCCAGGCCUCCCGGGAGCUCCCAUAAGUGGCCAUCAAAAUGGUAAUAACAAUGACCUAUUUGCACCUGAGAAACGGCUGACCUUGGGCCACAGCAAACUGGACCUCAUCACUAAGUAUAACAAGUCCAAAUUCAAGCAGCUCCGAAGUCGCUUUGAGUCCUAACUCUGGUCCUAGCAGGGACAGACCCUCCCUCCAUCCACAGAGUUGACAUGUUCAGGUUCAAGACGGCAGCAUGAGAGUAUAAAGCUGGGGUGCCACAUAAGGAAGUCAGGCAUCUAGCAGCCCAGGUCAGACACUCCCUGGGCUCAAGACUCUUCUACACACACCAUAGGCAUACAUACAAACAGAACCCAGAGUUACCGAGUGUUUUCUGUAUGUCACUGGGGCUGGGCACUUCACACCUUAUUCUCAUUCUCCAUAUCCUCUACAUGGACCUCUUGUGGGCAUAUAGCUAUACUAAGUAUUAUCUCCUCCUCGAUUUUUUUUUUAA